AAGUUUGGGUUUGCUCGUGUGAAGCCUUCGAAAGAGACGUGGUUUCGAGUGGCUGCCAAAGGGCUAAUCAAUGACCAAUUCAAUUGUUGACAGACUCACAUACAUACUUUGAUUGUGACUCCUGGUGAGAAGGUGUGCAAAACAUACAUCCUUGUUUGAUUGACACUUCAAACUUGGCGUGAUGUGCGAUGGUAGUGCCAAAUUUCGCAUCCGAGUGUGAAUGAACUGGGAUCAAGGAGUAUUCUUCAACAAAGAGGACCGGUGUUCGGUCGUUUUGACGGAGGACAGGGGCAAAAAAGUCAGGUACGAGCACGAAAGAAAAAAAAAGAGAGGAAGGCUUCUUGUUGGGUUUGUCCCUGACCUCGUGAGGAUCGAUUAUCAUUAUCCUGCCAAAUCCUGCGACCUCAUCCAUCUUAACAAUUAACCAAAAGCUUAGUUUUUGACCCGACAUGCCACUGACUGGAUCCUGUCCUCAAACCACGGUUGGUGUGCUGCUAUCAGAAGGAAUACGAAGUGGUGGGGCCUCCUGUUUCAGCCAACCAAUCCUCUCAUCACCCACAUCCCACAAUCGAGGAGAACAGCAUUGCUGCUCAUCUUGAAUCCAAUGUUGAUCAACAACCUCAGUCGCUCAUCCUCCACAAAUCGGAGCUGAGAGAACCCAAAUCGUCAACCUCAUUCAGCCUAAAGCGAAAGAGCCGCAGUCGGACCAGAAAAAAUAACAACAACAACAACAACAACAACAGCAGCAUCCGAGCGAAAACAACCAAGAAGUUAUUUCAAUUGCGAGGUGUUGGCACCCAAAGAAGUACCCAUGAGUCAUCGGAAUCAGCCACUGGGGAAUUUGAAUGCCAUCCUGAGCCGUCGUUGACCAGCUCGUUUCAGGAACCAACCUACCAGACCAUCGAAAAGGGCCUUUUUGUGCCGGAUAACUCGUCGGAGAGCGACCAUGUUCUGCCUGAUCCAGAUCAAGAUCUGGAGGAAAUUUACGCUGCCAGACAUGGGGAUCAUCCACGGCCUCCAUUAUGACAAUUAGCCAGCGACAGAGGUAGGAUGCAAGGAGUGUCCUCCCCCUCUGUCCACGCCAAUACUGCCACUCCCUCGGAGCAACCCGCUCUUAGCCACGCCAGUCUAGACAUUGUUCCCCCCGUGUUCCCCCUGGAACGAUCCGAUUUCUCGAGACUCUCGACCGACGAACUCUCGUUGACCUCCGAACAGAGGCGGGUCAGCUUCAAUUCCGAUAUCAGUGUGAAACGGAUUCCCAAACCAAGGCAUUAUAAGACUUUGCCUUUGACAUUAAAGAGGGACGAGCUGGAAUCGGGUCCUUUUGCCAGUGCUGUUCGACAAGAACCACCCACUUCAGAAAAGGACAUUGCGAGUGAGGCUCGCUUAAUCUUGACUCAGUUGGAAGGUGUCCAGUGCUCGGUGUCUCCCACUCCAAAUUCGACUUCAUCGGGCUUUGGCACGCCAACAGGAGUGCUCCCGCAUUCUGCUUCCUCUGUCGUUCGAUCGGCGUCUUGCGGUGCUGCUGCCGGUGGCUCCAACACCGUCUUCGGCCCCUCUCACAGUAAAGUAGGGUCUUCGGCGUCGUUUCACACCAACAAGCGACCGAACCUGAACUCCAACGCGAGUUGCUCAUCCACCCAGAGUUAUCAUCACCAUCGCCCACUUUGGAAACAGAGUUCGGAGCAACUCGAGCAACAUCACCAGCAACGGAAGAUACCCACGCAAACGAGCAGCAAGUUCAUCACCAAUCGGACGAGCAGUGGUGGAAGUGCCAGCAACGAGGAUAGUAGUUGGCAAAGUAGUGGGGUUCAUAGUGCAACUGAGGACUCUUACCGAUCAUCCUCACUGACCUCCACUUUGAGUCGUCGUCCUCUGCACGAGGAUGAUCUGACCUCUCAAUUGAGGAGGGAACAAAAUUCCUUGUACGGGCUCCAUGCCCUGAAUAACCUUGACAUUGCGGUGAAUGGUCGUGUAGUGAAUUCUAUGCCCAGUUAUCAAGAGAUCCGUCGACAAAUCAGUUUGGAAAAUUCAACGGGCUCAGACCGACACCUGCACAACCAAUCGCCUCCAGCCGUCAAACGAAAUCAAGUGCUCUCGCCUCCCAAACCGCCCCGAAAAUCGACCAGCGUUAGUCCCAUUCCUCCAGUGAAGAGAUCCUCCAUGGAAGUGAUCCAUUACGCUCAGCCCGUGAGCUCACGAGGCAAUCCGGGUCAAUCAGCCAAGAUGGUCAGUUCUGUGAUGGAACAGCUCUCUCAAGAUGCGAAAUUUCGACGAGGAAUGAUGGCCAAUAGUGCAAUGGAAGACGAUGACAUCACUUCGACCAUGACAUCAUCGUACUCGUCGCAGAAUUUGCGCCGAAGUCCCACUCGAAACCUAGCACCGUCACCCUCCAGAAUAUCGCCUUCGCGAACUUGCAUGACGGAUACUGAGCUACUUCGGUCUCCCACUGAAGUAUUGUAUGCCGUCUCCGAUAAGCACAAGCAUCACCACAACGAGCGUCUGGCAGAUUCAGCCAGUCAAACCAUCCACAAUGACAUUCACCCUAGAUAUCAUCAACCUCCCUCUCAUCACCAUCGCACUUCUCGAGCGUCCUCAAGGGAGGAUCUCUUGAGCGAUGUGCCCAGUAGUUACAGGAACGGUGAGCUCAACAACCGAGUGAUGUCCAGAUCGGCGGAUCCUUAUCGUUACAGGGACGACGACAAAGAGAAUAACUUCAAAGCUAGAAUCCAAGUAGUGUCUCCUGAUCGGGUCGCUUCAGUGGAUCGGUUCAAUCGAAAGCCUUACAAGACCACCAUUAAUACCGCUACCGACAAUAUCCAGUACCGAGGCAACACUUUGAAUAACAAGAACAAUAGUAACCUGUAUCAAAAGAACCACCAUCACUCUUACCGUAACCGAUCCUCGGAGACUGAGCAUUACAAGGUGCCCAAAAACAAAGCCCCUGUUGAAUAUUUUGGAAAUGGCUCCAUUCGACCCGCUUCAGUCCAGUCAUUGCAGUACCAUGACUCGGACCAAUCGUCGAUCAACCCGUAUAAUGGGCAAAGCCGAUUCGCAUCCACACGGCUGGUGAAAAAUGCAGACACCGUGAACUCGAAGAGACAUCACUCUCAGCAUCAUCUGAAUGGACGAGAGUUGGACAGGGAAGGAAGGACCAUUCGAAGAUCCACAGAGGGCAGGGGCCGGACAUAUUCAGGCUGUAGCACCAGUCCAGAUCGAGAAACAUCCCCUGACCGGUAUAGUAAGCCCAAGGCACCGCCUCGUUCCUAUAGUUAUAUUCAAAAUCGUUCCCCUAGUUCAUCACCCACUCGACCCCCGCGAUCGAGAUCGAGUCCAGCUAAAGAGAUCAUCGGUAAUGUGAUCCGCAGAGCCACUAACCACAGUGGACCACCGAGGCAGGUUGAGAGAACGCCUAGCAAUCGAGCCCAAACCUCAGCCCGCCACCCAAUCAAAGACAUAAGGCGGGUCCACAACGACUUCCGUCGAGAGCACUCAAGUCCAUCCAUUCGUGCCACGGAGGAGUCGGAGGACAGAUUGUCCAAGUUCACAGAAUACCGGGGGGAUGACUCGAGCUCUUACAAUCAACGGGUGGACCGCCGAGGUAGCAGCGUGGCGUAUGAUCACCGACGCCAAAAUGACGAUUAUAGCAGUGUUGAGGAUAGGGAACGAGGCCAGAGUCUGCCCCCAGGAGCUACCAUUGACUCUAUCCGAGAUUUUUAUAAAUCAUCUCAGUUCAAGUCCAUGUAUGCUCUUCCACCCAGUCCAAGUCGACCCGCCCCUGUUUUGGAUCGAGCUCCAUCGACCUCGACUUUGAGUCGCCGAGACCACAGUGUUGGUCGAUCUAAACGUCCCAACCGAGUGUCAAUUUCUGAGGGUGAGAUCACCGAUGAUGCCAAUCGCAUUGGAAGCCUUCAGCGCCCAAGGCCACCCAAAGUGAUGAACUCGGCGGCAGCCAUGAGUCAACAUGGAUCUCAUCGUCCCAUUCCGCCCGCUCGAAAGGCAUCCACCAAGAGACAAGCGCCAAGUCCGCCAGGCCAGCCACGUCUCAUUCGUCGAGUGGUUUCUAGUGACCGCGACGAGCGAGGUCACCACGGAAUGACUGAUCAAAUGAGACGAGUAGCGAGUGCUGACCGAGGAUUGCAACAUCCUCCGGCUAGAAAACCCUUGGGACGACAGACCAGCAUGGGAGAGCCCCUGGAUUCGAGUUUCUCAGAGAGUGACGGAUUAAUUCCAGAGCAGCGUCCGUGGUCGUCAGUCUCUGAAGAAGAGCUCGAAUUCGAGAUUGAUGCCUUAACCAACGAGUUGGAUCGUGCUCCAAGCAUGUCACAACUAAGUACGACUUCAUCGCGGUUGCGGCCAAUGAGCCAUCGCUCGGCUGCCACUACAACCGUUAUCCACCUACAUCAACCCAAAGAGAGGAGGGGCAACGCAAUAAUUUAUGACAAAACACCCACAUUGUCAUACACAUUCAUACAGGAUCGCGUCAAUGACUCAGGUCGUCGGUGGACUGCUGCCCAAUCAGAUCUGGAAUCUGAUUAUAGACGAGACCUAGCCACAAGUGGCUUGCAUCAUGAGGCACGUGGGCGGGAUGGCGGAGGAGGGGGUGGAGGAGGAGGAUCAAUCGCUGGGAUCAAUAGCGGUACUCUUCGAAAGCGUAGCUUAGAUCGGAGACGGGAUAGUGGAGCUUCUCCAGUGGGACGAGCCUCGAGUACAGCUCGAGAGGAGGAAAGACGAAAGGUCUUAGAAAUAGAGGAGGAACGCCUCCGACGGGAGCGAGAGGUUCAAUUACGCCGAAAUGCAGCCAUCGGAAGAUCAAAUAGUCGAGUGAACAGAGCAGGGCUGACCUCGCAAGGACUGGGUCCAAAAUCUCGAUCAAGACAACUCUUGGAUGACCACGAGUCACAAUAUUCGGGUCACUCGAGCUCUAGUGCAAUGCGAAAAGAUCCGAUCAAAGUCAAUCGGGUAGAGCCCCACAAUCGAAUCAUUCGAGUUAAACGCAACCCGAGUAACGCAGCCAGCGCUAAUGGGGCCCUCAAUGGAGGCGCCCGGUCCACGUUGAACCGCAAGAAAAUGCCUGGCAGUGUUACGUCUUCCAUCAAUAGCUCGGAGAGUGAACAAGGUAGCCAGGGGGCCGGUGGAUCAAAUGCAAAUGCUCAACGCUCCGUGUUCCUACACGCCGCUUGUGUUGCAGACAUUCCAACUCCCGCAGAGAAACGAAUUCCCCCUCCACGUGCUCUAUCGGCCGAAAGUCGAGAGAAUUUGAACAGGAAUGCAACCCAGGGAACGGGUGGAGGUCCCCCGCAGUCAAACUUGAAGAACUCCAAAAAGAUUUCGCGUUCCAUUUCUCUUCUGGCGCCUUGGAAGCCAAGGAAUGUGCAGAGGAAUCAGGAAAUUCAUUACAAUAACGGCGCCAUGUUCAAUGGCGGCGGCGGCGGCGGAGCUUCUGGUAAACCUCCACGACCUCCACCGGUAGCCCGAAGAAGUGCUACAAUGCAACGUGAUAAGAAAUCGGCCUCGUCAAGUGACCUCCUUCAGAGUGAUCCCUUACCUCCACCACAAUCACCUCCGUCUCCGGAGAUGCCCAUGGUGAUUGGAGAGCAACGCUCCGGAGUAAGAGCAGCCACAAAUGGAGCGGGUGGAAAACCAUCGAGCAAAGUGUCAAGGUCUGUGUCCAUGCCAAAAGACUCGCGAUUGGCUGGUUGGUUCAAGAAAAGGAAGCGAGUGUAACACCAAUGGGACAAUGAGAUCAAGACAUCAUGCUUUCGUUAUGGAGUCCUUCGUCGCCAAAAAAAAUCACAAUCCUUUCCACUCAAUGUCUGCUUCCUUUUUUAGUCUCAUUAUGUAUUGUUGGUAGUACUGCAUGCUGCAUGUGAUUUCAAAGUACCCGCAUGCAUUUCCGUUUCAUUCAAAAAUAUCCUCUGUUUGAGGUUAACUAGCCCUAAAUAUACCAUCAAACUCCA